AUGGCAGACGUGCCCACGGCUGUUGACGAAGUGGACUUGGAUCCACGAGAGGAGUCGAAUGACGUGCCCAUGGCCGUCGAUGAGGUGGAUGUGGACCACCGAGAAGAGCUGAAUGAGCUAAAGGUUGUACUACGCCAGCUAGAACUAGUGGAAGCAGUUGAGGAGCUAGCGGUAGAGGCAGCCAUAACGAAGGACAUUGAAAAGUGCACAGGCUGGGCGAGACAAGCAGCCAAGAUCGAGAAGAUUGAAAGGCAGGCGAUUCUCAGGGAAGACGCCGAGGAGGCCCGUGAGGCGUUGAGCCGGCGUAGUGAGGCAUCAGUUGGAGCCGUUGAAGAUGUCCGAGAACGAUGA